AUGCUGACUGAAGCACUUGUUGUCACGUGGAUCAACAUGUGUGCGAUCAUGCUGUACUUAGAUCCGCAGCUCUGGAUCGUUGUGAUUUCCUCGUUGGCUUUCGCGACAAUCCGUGUCUUGAUUCUUCCGAUAGGAUUGGCCAAUUUCAAAACUUUUGCAGCAAUGUCGACAUUUGGCAAGCUACUAUUUAGCAACACAUUGGUGUCAAUGCUGCACUCAAUGCUAUCUUCAUUACUUUCAAUAAUUGCUCUGCUCUCGUCACACUCGCUUAAUGGCAACUACGUCAAUUCUGCCACGAUUGAAGAAUUUUUGGCUACCUCGGUCUCUACUGGCUAUUUUGCUCAUGACUUGUGGGACUAUGUGCACAAUGGACUGUAUGUCAAGUCCCCUGGAAUUAUCUUGCAUCACGUAGUUGUGCUCAUCUGCUACACUUCCGCCUUAACGAAGACCCAAUCUCAAUUACUACGAUGGGUCUGGUGUAUGCAGUGGAUUACAUUCAUUGUCGCCAGAGUCAUACCUCACACCAUUGUCACUUUUCUGACUUAUCAAUCGAGAGACUUUUUCCACCAACAGCUUCAUUUCGUGAUUGCGUUUGGCGGAAUGGUUUUUAUCAAUUUGCUAAAUCUCAAGCUUUUCUACGACGUACGCAAAGCAUGGCUAAAGGACUUCGCGCCACCUGUGACAUCUUCGCUGCUUGCAAAAGCACUCUGA